GUUAACCCUGCUGUAAACUGGAAGUACUUUCAUUUUAGCUGAACGAGACCUGUCUGCUUGUUUUUCCCUAUGGUCUUUCCCAUGGUGACCGUAUGUGCUCCAGAAACCAUUACACAGACUCUAGUUUCGCGUCAGACAGGAUACGUGUCCAUCAAGACACCAGAGGCACGUAAUGAACGUGGAUGGUUUUGUCGACAUUUAGACCUGGCCGAAUUUCCUGUGUUCAUCACUCAGACGCAAAGGUAACUUAGCGUUAGCGGCCUACCGAACUUUGUUGCUGAAGAGCUCGUCUGGGAUUUCCGAAAGACACAAGUUGGAGCAGCGAAGAGCGGAGGGAGUUGCAGGGAUUCCAGCAUCCCUUAUCACCGUCUGGCCCUGAGAUGACAUCACAGCAGCCUCAUCUCCCCAAUGCUGUUUAUCCUCCCCAGCUUGCUCAGAACUCGUCUGCACAGCAGGCACGGCCUCAUCUUCCGGCCAAUCAGCUGCACUCGAGCCAGAACAGUCCAAAUGCUGGGUCUCAUGAACACAGAGCACUGACUGGCAGGCCGGGGUGCUCCGGUGUGUCAACUUCCAGCGGAAAUGUUGCCAGCAGAAAUGUUUCUGCAACCAGCACCAACUCUAGCUUAUCCAGAAGAGAUGGGGGUUUUGAACCGUGGCCGGAGGAGGCAGUGGAUAACUCCCAUGGGUUGUACUCACUCCACCGCAUGUUUGACAUAGUUGGUGCCCAGCUAACACAUCGGGAUGUGAGGGUACUGUCGUUCCUGUUUGUUGACGUUAUUGAUGAGUAUGAACGUGGUGGCAUCAGGAGUGGAAGGGAUUUUCUGCUGGCCCUAGAGCGCCAGGGUCGCUGUGAUGAGACCAACUUCCGGCACGUUCUCCAGCUUCUAAGGAUUAUCACCCGCCACGACCUUUUGCCUUAUGUCACACUCAGGAAACGACAAGCUGUGUGUCCAGACCCUGUCGAUAAAUACCUGGAAGAGACAUCAGUACGUUACAUUUCACCUAGAGGAACAGCGCAGGGCAAGGUCACGGCACCCCACAGAAGAACAGGUACUCAGCCAGUCAUUUGCUGUUCCCCGUCAGGACCCCAUGUUGGCCCUCCCCGAAUAAAGCCAGCUCCCCCUGUACCAAAUCGCAAACGGAAGAGAAGUGUUUCCUCAGCUGACUGCAGAGAGAAGCAAACAUGUGAUAUCCGCCUCCGGGUUCGCGCUGAAUACUGCCAGCAUGAGUCUGCGCUUCAGGGAAACGUAUUCUCCAACAAACAAGAGGCAGUGGAGCGACAGUUUGAGCGCUUCAACCAGGCCAACACUAUCCUCAAAUCCCGAGACUUGGGCUCUAUCAUCUGCGACAUUAAGUUCUCCGAGCUCACCUACUUGGAUGCCUUCUGGAGAGACUACAUAAAUGGAUCCUUGCUUGAGGCCCUUAAAGGGGUAUUUAUCACAGAUUCCCUCAAACAGGCUGUUGGCCAUGAGGCUAUAAAACUAUUGGUCAAUGUCGAUGAGGAAGACUACCAGGCUGGUCGACGCAAACUGCUCUGCAAUUUGGUCACAGGGGGAGGAAGCCCACCAGGAGGUAGCAAAGACACUGUAUCUUAGACCUACUCUCAUGGUGCAAGCAUAAGGUGAAAGAUUUAGCUGUGCCUCCCGCACAGGGAAUAAAGUGUAAUUUGAGGUGCCUACAGUGUGUCAGAGAGGAACUAUGGACCUCCAGUCACCCAAUUGAUUUCCUUGAGAGCUAAGUUCAUAGGAUUUCUACUUGGCCACCAUGAGCGUAGCAUGCAAGCAAGUGAUUGGGAACUAUGUUGGCAAAGAAGUUGGCGAUGCAUACAGGUUGGCAUUACCUUGUAUCCCGGGCUGUGCAGAAUGUUAAUCUCAUGUGGGUUGACUUUGACUAAUUUGUGGUUUCUAGUAUGAUAGCUCAUUGAAUCACAUUGUUAACUCUUUACUCCUGUUCCACAGUGGAGUUACUGUAUGUUCAACCCAGGAAACAUGCUUAACACCGACGAGUUACUCCCAGUGGGAGUUGUAUGUUAUUGUCACACAGGUUUGUCCUUUUCCAGGUUUUUCAGGUACAUUACAGAUGGAUUGGAUAAACCCAAUAAGAGUGUUCUGUAUGUUAAAGAAUCGUGCAGACCCCAAUUGACUCAAUGUUUGUCUCUUUCUGUUAGCUUACUGCCUGACUUUUCCCAUACUUUGCAGGGUUGUCUUUCCUGUAAAGUUAAAUCCUGUCGGAACAUAUGUAUGGCUCAUAUUUGGUCACUGUCAACAUUAUCGUGUCUUUACUCAUUAUAGGCAUUAUGUCUCAUUAUAGCAGCUGGCAUUCUGGCCUAACUUGAUGUUUUCAGCUGUCCAGUCACUGCCAAUAUUUAUUUGUGGGUCGCUCUAAUGUUGCCAAUGUGUCAUUCGCUGGUGUUUUGGAUUUGUAAACCAGUGCCAGUUUCAUUGUCAGCCUGCACUGCUGGACAUCUGUUCACUUACCAUCUCACUCCUAUUCAUUAGCGAUAAAACACUGAACCUAAAUGGUAACAAAUCAACCGCAAUUGAAAGUCACAGCCAGAAUGUGUGACGUCAUCUCAGUUGUGCAGGAGGCCAGAACAAAUUAAAAUAAUUCACAUGACUUGUUUGUCUAAAGAUAAAGACAUGUCACCCUGUAGCUCCACUCGCACAUUAAACCCUCAGUAGUAUCCCUCUACAUAUAUGAUGAGGUUGUGGUUGAGUCCACUGGGUGGUGUGAGCAGUUGCCCUCAGUGACACCCUUCUCCCUCAGGAGGGGUGGCAUCUCCACAGACAUGAGGAAACUGAGCAGGGGGAUCUCUUAAUAAGUAUCUGAAGCAGAAACGACAUUUGUGAGGACCAACAUAAUGGUGAGUUUCAGUGAUGGUUGACACUCUUAUAUUUUAGCACGUAGAUCCUGAACUGUGAUGUUCUUGCUGCAUACUCAUGCUACAAACCUCCCAUCUCACCAAGGAUUAUCUCUGUAUGUCUACAUUUAGUGGAAAAAGCCUUUAAAUGAUGUGCUUCUACAUUUUCAGUGUUUGGAUUUGAAAAUACAUUUUUGAAUUGGCACUGAACAGUUGCAUUCAAUCAGAAUGGUGAGCGGUGGAAUCAUACAGACAAAGUUUCUAGAUAUUGGGCUGCAGUGGACUAAGAUGUCAUGAUGUCGUCAAAACUUAAAAUUGGUUUAAAAUAACAGGUAAAGCAGAAAAAGUAAUUCCAUUUAACAACAGGACUGAUUGUUUAGAAAAAAAAUUGAAUAGCAACAAUAUAGUAUUAGAAUAAUGCUAUUUUCUGAUGAGAAGAUUUAGAUAUUGGUUCAUAAAUAGAUCAGAGACUGAUUUUAGAAACAUGCCUGUCUCUAGAGCUAAUAUUUGACUCUUCUGUUAAUCAAUGAAAUAGACAAAAAAUACAUGCAGGCUCAUAUUCACUAGCAACAAAUGUGCACUUAGUCAGUAAAGAAUGAUUUGGACAGAGUUCUUCACUUCUUACAUCCUGAUAUUUGUACUUACUACUUUAAAAAUGAGCAUCUUUCUUUUUGCCAAACAUUUUUCCAAUUUUGCCUCUGAUUUUAAAAUCGAAUUAAACUUCAGUUUUCCAUCAGUUAGAUAAGUGAAAUUCAACCAUUAGCUUUUAUGUCCCCUCUUAAAAGUUCAGUAUGUAUUAACCAAAUAUAUUCUUCCUUCUAAAGAAGCCCUAUCUUAUAUUUGCUGUCAAACCAUCCAUGGGUACAUGUGAGAACAUGCAAGUAAUGAUUGACAGGCCACUAUUACUCUGGAUUAUAUAGAGUUGGCCUGUAUUUUAUAUUUUUACCCCAAUGGAAUUUCAAAAGGUUGCAAGUUAGUAUCUAUUAUAUAGGUUGUUGUAUGUUAUGUUGAUUGUAUGCUAUGUACAUUAUUCAAUGCAGCGGUCUUUUAAGCAACAUUGCAUGUAACCUGUUAUGAUCUCCCGAAAUCUCAUAGAAACUCUGUGUUAACAUUUGUAAAUAUCUUCUGAAUUUCCAGUUUUAUUAAUUCAGUUUUGCAUUUCUUUCAGAAUAUUGGCAAGUAGGACUGUUAAUAAAUUAAGCAGAGGGGUUUGGUUGAAGUUUUAUAUCACAGGACCAACAUCUUUGAUGGAAAACAGUGUACAUUUUCCAGAUAUGAAAAUAUAUUGGACCUAUUAAAACUGCUUCCUGAUAGAUCUUAUUGUGGGCAGCACAAUAAUUUCAUAAAUUUGGCCUAAACCUUAUAGGUUAUAAUCACUUUGAGCUUCUGGGUGCAUCUCACUUCUGUUUUCCAUGUGUCCUCAUUCCCUUCACUCGCUCCACAGCUCUUCAAACUCACAACUGGAAGAAGGAAACAUCCAGGCAUCACAUUUUGCGUGGCAAACCAAGUUUAUUUGUGCCAUGAAUUUCCCUGCAAAGACUUGAAUGUAAUGUACACAGUGUGAACCAUACUCUGUUGCUUUCAACCCACAUGCUAAAUGAAACGAUAAAAGAUUUGGUGGUUAGUCCUGUUGACUUGUUUACCAAUAAAAGUAAAACGUU